UUUGCUCUUGGACCCAGCAGCAGCGUCUCGGAAAUGCAGCCCCUUUGGCUCCCCCCUGGCUCUGAUGCUGUCUGGGAUUACGCAACAGGGCCCGUUGUUGAAAUAAGAUGCUCUGUUGCGUCAUCGGGAUCAGCGUUGGAGAGACAGCUCACGGAAUGGUUGAACCCAGUUGCCGGACGGGGCCAUGGACAUGAAGGACAUAUAUGUGAACCACGAGGUUAUGGUGAGGUCGCCAGGCAGGAGGAUGAAAAGAACCAGUCCCAAGCCAGCAGGGCAUGGAGUGGAGUGGUCUGAUGAUGAAAUGCCUGUUUACGAAAAUAUAUCGGUGACGACUGACAAGAAGAAUCACCAGCCUCCAGCAGAAAUGCCUCCCUCAGACCCAGCCCCUAUAGCUCCAUCCACCCCACAGCCUGCCAAAGGGAGAACCCGGGAGCAGAAACACAUGCUGAUGCUGUACCUCCUGAUGGCCGUUUGCUUUCUCUUGUGGAUCUCUCUCCUCUCGCUCACAGUCGUGAACGACCAGAAGAUGACUGGGGAAUUAAAGAGGAUAAACGCUUCCCUUUCCCAGAGGAUAAACCAAGUGUCUAAGGAGGUGAAAGAAGCCCAGGUUCAGCUAGGAAAGGCAUUGGCAAAACAGAAGGCAGAGGAGGCAGCCUCGAUGACCAAGCCUCCAAGCUCCUGAGGAGCUCAAAGGGGGCAGCAGCCUGCCUGAGCCCUGGACUGGGGACAGUGCACUGUGGGUCCCCCUUCUCCACAGCCCACUCAGCCCUUGGCCUCUCCGCCAGAUGGCAUUUGUGUGGCUUGUGGGGAGCUAAGCCAAGACCCUCCCGUGCAUUCCCACUGAGCAGCCACUGGGUGGGUAACAACCCUUUGCCGCAAUAAACCAGCAGCAGCUUUGAAGUGCUCACCUGCUGUAAAAACGAAAGGCUCCGAGUCCUCUCUCUUGGCAUCAGUGUCUGAUAGAGACACAAAGGGCCACCCACGCCCCGAUCUGAGGUGUGACUCUAGAGUGGCUUCACUCUGGAUCUACCCUGGGCUGGCUGAGAGCUGGCGUGCAGCUAUCACCAGUGUGUGCGUGGAACAAACUGACGCUCUCAGACAGGUUGGACAGAUGGAGCGAGUAGAAUUGGCCCACUGUAUUUUUUUCUAACACCUGGGGGUGGAAUUUUGAAGUGAAUAACGGCUUUCUCAGUUCUUUGGCAAUCCCAAAGAAACAGAGCGAAAUAGUUUCAGGUUGAACCCAAAAUGAAAUUUUCCAAAUUCGUAGGUAAAGCAAAAAGUUUUUAUAAAAUCGUGUUGGGCUAAAUUGAAAACUAUGAAAUUUUGAGUUAAUUGAAAAGUAAAAAAACACCCCUUAUUUCAUUCGAUUAGUUUUUAUUUGAAGCAUUUUUGAACAUUUUUGAUUUUUUUCAAAUUAAAUUAGAGAGACUUUCAAAACAAAAACUAGUUUGGAACCAGAAAAUCAAAUUCUUUCAAUUUUUUUUGGAGGUUUUUUUCCCAACUGAAACAAUUCAGAGACAUUGGCAUGAAUUUGAGGAGUGUUUCUGUGGUGCCAAAUCCACAUUUUUCUCUGAAAAAUGAUUUUGGGUGAAAAAUGUCCUCCAGCUCUUCUUAAGAGCCCAAGUCUCUGAAAAUCAGCAAUUCCCCCUGACUUUCAAAGAGGCUUGGACUCCUAAGGGCCAGAUUCUCAGAGGCUUCUAACUCCCAGUGAUUCCAGUGGGGAGGAUGUUUCCAUGGGCUCCUAAGAGCUCCACAAACUUGAUGCCGGGCUUGCUCAGACUGCCACAAUACUAGAGUUUAUUUCAGCCGCAAAAAAGUUUUGGAGGCUCAUGCUCCCACUUCCAGCAUUCAGUCAACAAGAGCUCCCUGCUAUGCCAGGUGCUUCCAGGCCUCACUGUGCAUUUCACCCCGCAUCCGGGACUCUCAUCUAUUGCACGUCUGCUUUGCUGCAUCUCCGAGGAGGUAACGGGAAUCCUCAGCAGUGUGGAAGAUGACAUCUGCUCCCUCCCUUGCCUUUAUGCCCCCUCUUCACCCCACCCCUCAUUUAAAUGAUGGCCGACCAACCACUGGGAAAAAAUCCUCAUUAAAGAGAAAAGAUUUUCCUUGGGAAA